UAGCGCAUAUAUAUACGGAGUUACGGACAAGGAAAUACACUAAAAAAUUAAAAUAUAGAAACUUGAAGAUCCGGCGGUUUAGGAUCUCUCCCCCUCUCAGUUAUAUAUCUCAUUUUCCAAGGUAACAUCAGUUUCUAUAAGAAAAUCAGAUCUGAUCUGAAAGCUACUGUUUAACCAUGGACAAAGGCAUAGGUCUUUACCCACUUCAUCGUUGCAAAACCAUUCACCUGGUGAGACAUGCUCAGGGGAUUCAUAAUGUUGCUGGAGAAAUAGACCAUAGUGCUUACUCUUCUGAGGAUUAUUUUGAUGCUCAUAUCACCCCACUUGGUUGGCAACAGGUGGAUCAUCUACGGAACCAUGUUCUAGAAACUCAACUCUUAAACAAAGUUGAACUUGUCAUUGUCUCUCCCUUGCUUAGAACUAUACAAACUGCUGUCGGUGCUUUUGGAGGCGGAGAAGAUACUAAUGGAGCAGAUGCAACACCGCUAAUGGUGGCCAACGCUGGGAGCAGCGACCGUCCUGCCAUUUCAAGCUUAAACAGCCCACCUUUCCUUGCUGUUGAGCUAUGCAGAGAAACUAUGGGUGAUCAUCCCUGUGACAGGCGAAGAAGCGUUACAGAGUACAAGGCUAUGUUUCCUGCAAUCGAUUUUUCAAUUAUUGAAAGCGACAAGGAUGUUUUGUGGAAGCCUAGUCCAAGAGAGACCCCAGAUGAAGUUGCUGUGAGAGGUGUAGAGUUCAUUAACUGGCUAUGGACGAGGAAAGAAAAGGAGAUUGCAAUUGUAUCUCACAGUGGCUUCUUGCACGGUCUCUUGAGCUCUUAUGGGAAGGAUUGUGUCGACGACAUAAAGAAAGAGUUGUCUAUACACUUCAAAAACUGUGAGCUUCGUUCAAUGGUUAUCGUUGAUCAAGGAAACCUGGGGACUAAUUCUACAGACACUACAAACUAUUCUGGCAAGGUUCCUCAAGGACUUGAUCAUCCAAGCGACUAAUCGAUGACGAGUACGAGAUAUAAAUAAGGGAACACAUGAUGGCUCCAUUGGAAUAUGAUUUGGCAUUUUCAGCUUGUAUUGUAUUUUGAUAAACAUAAUUUAAAUUUCAGUAUUUAUGUCAGCUACUAAAUGAAUUUACUGAUUAUGGUUGUUAUUUGGGGAAAAUGAAUAAAUUUCAGAAGUCUCAUCAA